AACUAUGGAACAUGAUAAUGAAAAAAAACCUGAUUAUUUUAUAACAUAAUUAUAAUAAUCUGGGGCCCCAGAUCACAUAAACAUAAUUAUAUUACAGUAGUCAUUAUGAUUGUCUCAUCCGCGUCUACAUUGUACUGCGUGCCAUGCAGCUAGCAUUCCAUCUCCUUGCUUGGCAACUCCGCCACUCAUGCAGGCGCAGGCACAAAAAGAAACAAAGAUCGUGCCUAGACCGUGCGAGUUGAAGCGAUCACGCAGCUUUUUCUCAUUUUCUUGCCUCGCUUUUGUGUGUGUUCUGUGUUGACGAAUGUCCCUUUCAUGAGCACAAGCCAACGAACCAAUCAGAAGAGAGGAUUCUUCCCGGCUCUUGGUCGCCUGGUCGGCCAUCUUUACUUGUGCUUGUGAUCAGGCUGCGGCAUCAGCGACGAGAGUGUGUCAGAAAAGCAGGCGUAAACGGGCCGAAAGUUCGGCUUGACCGCCGACGGAAAGGCCACUAGGUCACUGAACCACCCACCUCUCAAAUUGGUCGAAAAAUGAGGCGUUCUCUGUGACGCAUUCGCCGUCACGUCUAGCUGAAGUGGAAGCCGGGAGGACACACACGCUUCUGAGAAAGUUCUUGCCAUCAAAAUGGGGUCCGACAUGAUGAGUCUCUGUCGGCUCUGUCUCAUGGAAAACACCAUCAUGUUGCCAAUCUUCGGCGAGGAUGGCAAACACCGCAGAAUCAGAGAAAUGAUCAAAGAAUCGCUCAACAUCGCGUUGUUCCAGACAGACCCUCUGCCCAGAAAAAUCUGCUGCAAGUGCUACUUCAAGCUGCAACAAGCCAAUGAGUUGAAGUCGGACUGCCAAAAGAGCACCAAGGUCCUCAUCAACCACAUGAAUGCACAGCGUUCGGCUGACGCUGCCAAAAUGAUUAAGACACUCAACUAUCAAUUGCAAAUAUUGCACGGAAAUGCGCCUCCUGGUGAACCUCAGAAGGAACCUGAAGCUUUUGGUCCAUCCAGAGUCGUCGUUGCCUCUGCCAGUGGCGGCGUUGGGUCCUCAAGCACCAACCACUUCCCACAAUCAAUCAGGCCUGCUAUUCACACCCCCUCAACCUCAAACCAACAACAAAUGAGAAACCUCUAUCGAGUUGUGCCUUCGAGUCGCAUGAAAUUCCGGCUACGCAAGCCAUCCGUACCGUGCGGAGUGUGCGGCAAGCUUUUCUUGAGCAAGAAAUCAGCGAGCGCACAUAUGCACAAAAACCACUCUAUUGAUGAGGUCAACAACAUUUGCACAAACUACAAGUGCACGGUUUGCUUCCGUGGGUUUGAAACAUUGAUUGGAUUAAAUUUGCACAGGCACCGCAAUCAUCGCCUACCCCCGUUUAGCAGUGUACACCGAGGAGCCGGCACUCAGGCCCGGUCAGUACAGCAAAUGCAGCAGCAACGCCAAGCAGCAUCGUCGACAGCACUGCAGCCACAGGUGCAGCUUGCGCCAGUUCAUACGCCUCGACUGAUUUUGCCUAAAGACCCCGAGCAAAAGUCCGACACUCAUGAGUGUCAUCUUUGCUUCCGAAUCUGCAAAAGUGAAGGAAUUUUGAAAAUGCACAUUGCCACGGUGCAUAAGGAAAUAAAUUCAGCGGGUCAAAGACUCAGCAUCGAUGCUGGACCCGAGGCAGCUUCGUCCGAAAACCCGGCUUUGGAUAACCUCAAGUGCUCCUUGUGCCAUCAGCCAUUCCGUAAUGUCAACGGCCUAGUGGGUCAUCUACGAACGGCCCACGGUAAACCAAGCUGUGCUAUCUGUCUGGAAAUAUUCUCCACCCAGGAAGAUUUGAACGCCCACAGGCAGACACACAAGCCUGGGUAUAGCGAGCAGCAGGCGGAGAAGAAAAUCCCACCACCGGACGUUUUCACUUGCCCCAUAUGUGGCAAGUCCUUUGACAACUCCACCUCACUGUCUAGACACAAGGGCUACCACACCAAAAUGGGCCCGAAUUGGUCUCCAAGUGUUGGGUCAACCUCAAAUUCCACUGUGUCCUCACCUACACCAAAAUCGACAACUUAUCGUCAGUCUAUUAUUGAAUCAGAAAGUCCAAGGAAGGUCUUUACAUGUGACAUAUGUGGAAAGAAGUUUGACAACAAUUUGUCUCUUGCUCGGCAUAGGGCUUGCCAUGCCAAAUAUGGUGCCCAAAGGUCGCUGAUUCCUCCCCAGAGGCAAAUUUCCCCACCCAAACCGGCAUCAGAUGACUACGAACCGGUGGAAAAGAAGCCUGUCCUCGAUGACCAGGGUAAAAUUGUGGACAGAGUAUCCUUGCAGAAACUGAAAAGCAACUCCACCACAAUACCAUUCUGCCUGUACUGCAAAAAGAUUUACGAAUCGCAGGACAAACUCUGGGAGCACAUCUGCACCAUGCACCCAAACGAUCCAAGGUACCGCUGUCAGGAUUCGGGCUGCCUUCGGGUUUUCUUCAGUGGUACAGGUUUCCGGAGCCACCAGACGGCACAGGGCCACAACGCGCCACCCGAGACAGCCAACAGCAACAAGUCUGUCGAUAGUGGCCCCAGCAUGGUGUUCCUCAGCUCCGACACAUCCCCUGUUGUAGGCAGCAGCAGCAAGUGCCAGAUUUGCAUGCGAAAGUUUUCAAACAUCAACAACUUGCGGCGGCACAUCAAAAUGGCGCACAGAAAUCAGUCGAGCUUUAUGUCCAAGCAGAUUGUCCGACACAAUCCCUCCUCGAUUGCCUCCAUGUAUGGCAGGAAAAUUGGGCGUGUACUUUGUCGAUACUGUCCCAAAUAUCUUAGCUCCAAGUACAUAAGCGAGCAUGAAAAGAUGCACAGAAUUCGUGGAGACAAACCCAGAGCGGCCAGGGACAAUGGUCAACAGUCGCAAGAAGUAGAGGGUCCGUCCCAAGUUGACGAAGGAGAGGGCAAUUUGGGCAUGGAGCCCGAGGAAGAUUUGGAGGAAGACGAAGAACAAGAGGAUACCCCAAUAAACUCCUCUUUUGAGAUGGACAUUCCAGACUCGAUAACGAUGACACAAAAUCAAGACUUCAAAUUAAACAGGAAAAUUCCCAGAGCCCCCAAUUGCAAGUACUGCGGUCACACUGCGCUUUCCUUCUACGAGCUGCAGGAGCACCUCGACUCCAACCACCCAGGCCAGAUUUAUUACGUGUGUGAAGGCUGCCCUGAAAUUUACUUUGACCGGAAAACCCUCGUGAGCCACAACAUUGUGCAUACUCGAGUGUACCUCAACUGCAAAUAUUGCAACAAGAGCUUUGCUCGGCCAUUAGCGUUGCGGGGCCAUGAGAACCGGUGCCUGUACUUGCAAAAGAAGCAGCAAGGACUUAUGCCUGAGAGUGGCGAGGGUGCAUCGUCGUCCACUUCCUAUUCCUACACUUGCGAAUUCUGUAAUGAUAAGUUCAAUGAUUCCAUCACAUUUGUGCAACAUUUGCAGACUCAUGCGACAACAAACUAGUAAUCUGUGCAUUGAAACCAAAUUUUGAAGCUACUAUAAAUACCCUUUUUGAGUUGACCAUCAAGAUGAAAACUAAAAAAAAAACGUAUUCACCGAAUAAGCUGUUAGAAGUAAUAAAUUUAAUGUUGCUGUAUUAUUUGAACUUGAACAAGAUGUAUUUGAGUGAUUUUUGUUAUCUACGCAAAAGAAAUGAACGACUUACAAUUAGGCUGAACAAGCAACAAUGAUUAAAGCAACGCUUGUCUUUUCAGGUUUGAGCUGCAAAAUUUUAUUUUUACUUAAAUCCUGCAUUUAAAAGUAAUAAUGUAAGAAACGCUUAAAUAAAAUGAAAAACUUUUUACUCCAUAAAAGUGUUUUAUUUUUUUCAGUUUUCACCUGAUUUCCAAAAAAAAAGAAAAUGGA